AUGACAAAUUCUGAAAAUCAAGCUGAUGAAAUAUUAGCAUUACAAUCAAUUUUUGAUAAAAAAUUUCAUUUACUCAAUGAAAAUCAAUAUGAAGUAUUAAUUGAAUUUGAUUUACCUACAUCAUUUACAAUACGAUUGAAAGAUAAAAUAUCUAUUAUUCAACAUUUACCACCAUUAUCUCUUAUAAUUAAUUAUCAUGAUGAAUAUCCAAGUGAUGAUCCACCAUCAUUUAUUCUAUUAUGUUUUUAUUUUUCAAAAAUUGAUUUAGAAAAACUUUGUCGAAAAAUUGAUCAUUUUUUAUUUAUUCCAGGAGAAGUUUGUGUUUAUGAUUGUAUUGUAUUAAUAAAACAAGAAAUAACUAAUGAAUUUAUUAUUCGUACCAAUUUUGAAGAACAAGAAAAUGAUCCAAGAGCAUUAAAUGGUUAUAAUAUUGAAAAUGGAGAAAAAAUUUUUCAAAAUUUAAUUGAUUAUAAUCAAAGACAUAUUAUUCCAGGUUUAGAUUGUAUUCGUCUUCAUCGUUGUGGACAUUUUUAUUGUCGUCCUUGUUUAAAUCAUUAUAUUCGCAUGACAUUUGACAAUGGAAAAUUUGGAGAAAAUCUUCAUUGUCCACAGGAUCAUUGUAAACAAGUUUUACUUCCAACAGAAAUAAAACAAACUAUUCAAAAUGAAGAAUUAUAUGAAAGAUAUGAACGAUUAACAUUAAAACAUGGACUUGAAUCAAUGAAGGAUAUCGUUUGGCGUCCAAGAUGUCAAUCACCUGUUAUUAGUGGUCCUGAUGAUGAUAAUUUAGCUAUAUGUGAUCGAUGUCGUUAUACAUUUUGUAAAAAAUGUUAUGAAACAUUUCAUUCUCAAGCAAUGUGUCCUAAAGAUUAUUUAAUUGAACAAAUGAAAUUACAAAAACAAAAAGAACUUGAACGUCUUCAACGAGAAAAAGAAGCUGCAUUAGCGCAAUUAACUAAAACUAAAGCACAUAAAAAAUCCUUGCAAGAACAAAAUAUUGCUACGCAAAGAUAUCGUAAAAUUAUUAUUAAACUAUCUGAACAAAAUAGCCUAUUACAAGAAAUAUUAACUGCUGAACGAAUUAAUUCAUAA